AUGUCGCUUCCGAACGGUGUUGACGUCUCACAGCUGGUGCAGCAUCCCGUCUUGGCAGCUCUACCUCCCUUCUUCCUUCGUGCUUCAGAGAGAUAUCAGCGAACGCCGAAAUGCGCUCGGUGUCGUAACCACGGCGUGGUGUCGGCGCUGAAGGGCCACAAGCGAUACUGCCGGUGGCGGGACUGCGUGUGCGCCAAGUGCACGCUCAUCGCUGAGAGACAGCGCGUCAUGGCCGCACAGGUAGCGUUGCGACGACAGCAAGCACAAGAAGAGAACGAGGCGCGGGAGUUGAACCUGCUGUACGCCGGCCAGCCAUCCGCCGCGCCGCACUUCCCAGAGAUCACAGAAGACGAACCUGUUCACAAGCGAGCCCGGGUGACGGAAGUCUGUUCCAGUCCAUCGCCGCCAGAAAACUCCCACGAGUCAAAAACCCCCACACAGACUCCCCCUCUCUCCACCCCGCCACCGCGCUCACCAUCCGACCACGACCUGAACGUGGAAGAGGAGCUAGAACACUCCGAACCCUCUCUCACUCCAGAGAACCUCUCCAUGAAGGAGCAGAGACAGGACACCGUGAAAAAGGAGGACGAGGAAAAGUGGGAGAACUCCAAUUACAAGUACAGGCGCGGGAAACAGGACCACAUUCCGGAAAACAUGGAGGAGCCCGCGCCGUUCCAGAAGUCCCCAGUCGAUGUGCUGAUCAAAGUAUUCCCGAGGCGCAGUCGGCAGGAGAUCGAAGCGAUCCUCGCGAGGUGCAAAGGAGACGUGGUUGCCGCUAUGGAGAUGAUGGUAAACGGGGCUGAACCAUCGUACAACCUGACGCCGGAGUCGCCGUACAUGCAGAGCUAUCAGUCCAAGUCCGCGUUCUCCCCGCUGUCCAACCAGAGCUUCAAGUUCUCUCCGUCGAGAAGGUUCCUUACCCCGCCUUAUACGGGUACGGGCUACCUCCCGACUGUGAUCAGACCUCCCCCGGAGUACUUAUCCUCCUUUCUGCCGCACUCGGAGCUGAUGUACGGCCGCCAGCUGCAGGUGCCGUCGCCGGGGACUUCCCCCACGUCUGACAACACCAACACGGAAGGAUUCUCCGAUUAGGGGUACGCGAACCACUGGACAGUGCUUUAGACUGUUACUCUGUAAUGAAAGUAUAGUUUA